GAAAGGGUGACGUCACUCGCCCCCUGACCAAUCAUAGAGUUCUUCUUUCAAGCCGCGGGGGUUAAAGCCAUCAGUUAGUCGGGCAUCAGUUGGUGCUAGCAACGUUGUGCUAACGGCUAGCUUAGCCAAGACCUGUUGGACUUACAGCACCACUUCACCCAUCUCACCAUGAGCGCCAGAAGCCACAGAUCCUGCACCAAGCGAUGUUGGAGCUGCUCACAAACCAAAGACGUGCGUGGACGAUUGUCCAGAGUGACAGUGGGUAAAACAGAGUGGAUAAAACGUGAGGAUGAAAGGUCAGAUGUGGACUGGCCACGGGACAAGAGUCCAGAACUCGUAAAAGGUCCGUGGACACUAGAGGAGGAUGAGAGGGUGGUGGGGUUGGUCCACAAGUUUGGCAUGAAGCAGUGGUCGCUCAUCGCCAAGCACAUGCGCAGCAGGAACGGGAAGCAGUGUCGUGAGCGCUGGCUCAACCAUCUCAACCCCCUGGUGAACAAGAGCAGGUGGACCCCUGAGGAGGACCGCAUCAUUUGCCAGGCCCAACGGCUACUGGGAAACCGCUGGGCCAACAUCUCCAAACUGCUGCCCGGCAGGCCUGAUAAUGCGAUCAAAAACCGCUGGAACUCUACCUUGAAGAGGAAGAUGCAGAAGGAAAGCGGGCGACUCUGUCUGCGUCACCCUGACUCCAGCAACCUCGUUAACACCUCCUCAAGCUCCUCCUCUAGCUCCUCCUCCAGCGGCCCCGCCUCCAGCACAGCUGACACCAGUGCCACAAAGGAUCAGCUGAUGAGCAGUGAGGUUCUCACCAUGUUGACUGACUGGAGCCCUGCCCACAGCAGCGAGCACAAAGAGAGAGCCGCCAUGCUGUCACGCUCGGAGGAUCAGCUGAUGAGCAGCGAGGUGAUCUCCAUGUUUACCGACCGCAGCCCGGGCUAUAGCGGCGAGCACAAGGACAGAGCCGCCAUGCUGUCACGCUCAGAGUUCUUCAGUCGAGGGGCCGUGGAAGACGGAAAGAUGGGACCUGUCAGCUCUGCCCCCAAUGAAGAGCUGACAUCACGUGAUGUGUUCAGGACCACGGAGAUGAGAUGGUUUUUGACUUCAGCUCCCAUGAUGGCUAUGCCCUCAAAGACAGACAGCGGCCAUCCGGACGAGCAGAUACGCGGCCACAGUCCACAGAGUGGCUUUCAGCCGGUGCAUCGGUGUCUCAGCUGGGUCCUGGACGAUGGUGAGCCGGGCGGCUUCCCCCUGGUUGGACAGGAAGUGUGGUGGUGCCGACAGCCCCUCGAUGCCGCCGAGGAAAACCUUCAAAAGAGAAGCAACCCCUUUGAGAAACACGCAGUUGAAGCAGUCAGCGAGUCAUCAUGAACUUUCUUCUUUUCUGUCAGCUUUAGCGAGUCAUGACUCAGAGAUUUUAACACACAACCAGAAGUUCAUUGCAAACAAUCACUUUUAUUGAUUUCUUUCGCAAGAACUUCAACUUUUAUUGAUAUGAAAUGAUAUUUUUAACCUGAAAGUGAAUGUUUUAAUUUACUCCACAGAAAUAUCUUUAAUGUAAAAAUGAAAAUCAUACCGCCUUUGUUGUAUUCUUAUUAUUCUUUCUUCUUCUCCUUCACUGGUGUUUCUCUUAAAGUGCACUGAUUUUUUUGCUACUGUUAUGUAGAAAUAUUUGCUAAUAAAAUGUUUAUUUAUGGAUUUCAUAGAGUUGCACAUAUUCAUUCAUUCACAUGUUGUCGUUUUAUGAAUUCUAAUUAAAAGUGACAUGAUGCUUCCAUGUAGUAAGCUACGACAGGUGUGUAGGAGAGGAAGUGAUGUCAGUAGAGCUUCAUUGAGGCCUCAAAGAGACUGCUCAAGUCGUCUUCGCUGUGUUCUCGAGGAGAAAGUUUGGUCACUCGCUCCUAAAAGCACAAACAUAAAGACUUAACAAGUUGGAUCUUCUCAUGGAACCAAAGCAAGCGUAGCAGCCUAGACAACCUGAGGAAUAGUUCCUUGGACCAGCGCUGGGAUGUCGUCUUUGCCGUAGCCCACAGCGGCCAGGCCGUCCUCAACCUGCAGCUCAAACAGGAAGUGACGCAGUGUGUCAGCCAGCACAGCGCCGGCGUCUGCCCUUUUCACUUGACUGAUGUCGGCGCCUGAACGCAACACAUCAUUCUAUAAAUGUCUACACUUUAACACAACACAUGAUUUCUUGAAUGUCUGCAAUUGGAACACAACAAAUUAUUCCUGUACUCUGCACCUGAAUACAAAAAAAUUAUUAAAGGCCAAUUG